AUGACUUGUUCAAGCUGCGAGUUGUCACUGUAUCGGACAUUGGCAUCUUUGUCAGCAGUCGAAAACAUUCAAGUCAGUCUCAUACUGGCACGGGCCACCUUCGAUAUUGAUCUCAGUCAGAAGUCUGUCGACCAAGUGAUCGCACACAUCCAACGAACCACGGAUUUUACUUGUGAGCGAAUUGCCACCAAAGCUCGGCAAAUAGAUGUCCUUCAUCCGAAUGGCGCAAAAGCUCUACUGCGACAACAGCUACCAUGUGGAGUUGACUUGAUAAGGUCAAGAUCAAAGGGUUCUCAGAUCGUUAGCAUUCAGUACAACCCCGAACUUAUUGGCGCCAGGGAUAUAGUUGGCACGUCUUUUGACCAGCCACUGCAGCUUGCAUCUGAGAAAGACUCGAAAUCUUUUAGUGGAGGGCUAAAAGAAAUCAGAAAAGACAGCUUGAUGACCUUGAUUUCAUGUCUUCUUACCAUUCCUGUCCUAAUCCUGGCCUGGGCACCCUUACCGAAGCAUGCGGUCGCUUACGGAGCGGUCUCGCUCGCACUGGCGACCAUCAUUCAGGUGGUGGUCACAGGGCCUUUCUAUAUGGUUGCGUUCAAGAAGCUUUUUUUCUCUGGACUUCUCGAAGUGGAGUUUCUAAUUGUCCUCAGCACAACUGCGGCUUAUGUGUUCUCCGUGGUUGCGUUUGCCUUCGAGGUCAAGGGAGAACCCUUGAGAACGGGGGAAUUUUUUGAGACAAGCACUCUUCUCGUUACUCUCAUCAUGAUCGGCCGACUUAUCAGUUCCUGGUCGCGCCAGCGAGCUGCUGAAUCAAUCUCUUUGCGUACUUUGCAAACUUCGAAGGCGCUUCUUUUGCAGCCAGAGUCCAAAAGCGAAUACGAGAUCGACGCUCGUCUUCUCCACUACGGUGAUGUAUUUGUCUGCAAGCCGGAAACGAGGCUGGUCACCGAUGGAAUCGUGAUAUCUGGCACCUCGGAAGUGGAUGAAAGCAUGAUGACUGGCGAAUCCAAGCCUGUCACUAAAGAGGUAGGUACGGCCGUUAUGGCUGGUUCAAUGAAUGGCGGCGGCCUGCUGCAUGUUCGUGUCAGUCGCCUACCGGGUGACAACACCAUAACCACCAUUGCAGAUAUGGUGGAUGAAGCGAAAAUGGCGAAAGCCAAAUCUCAAGAUAUAGCAGACCGGGUUGCAGGCUACUUUGUUCCCGUGGUCUUACUGAUCACCACAGUCACCUUCAUCGGAUGGAUAAGUUUUGAUGUUGCGCGGCGGGAUUAUUCACCUUCGUACGCUGCCGAAGAUGCAGUCAUCUACGCGAUGGCAGUUCUGAUCGUGUCUUGUCCUUGUGCCAUUGGGCUCUGCGUGCCAAUGGUUAUCGUGAUCGCAGGUGGAGUAGCAGCGAAACACGGGGUCAUCUUCAAAACUGGACACAGUAUUGAGAUCGCCAGAAAUGUGAAUCAUGUGGUCUUCGACAAGACAGGGACACUCACGACAGGAACUUUGUCUGUGGUAUCAGAAGAUCUUCCAUGCGGAAAGGAACACACCAAGUCCUUGAUUCUGGGAUUGGUUGCUCACAGCAAACAUCCUGUAUCUGCAGCGGUGGCUAAGCAUCUUAAAGAUCGGGGCACCUUGCAACAGGACCUGGACGAAGUGACCAGUAUUCCCGGUAAAGGUAUGGAAGGAAUCAUAGGUACGCGUCGAAUCUCAGCCGGCAACUCUCGUUGGCUUGGUCUCGAACAGCAUCGUGAAGUCAGGAAUGUCCUCUCCAACGGCCUUACGACAUUCUGCGUCAUGCUUGACAGCGACCUGGUCGCAGUCUUCGGCCUCAAGGAUACUGUUCGCGAGGACAGCCGCAGUAUCGUCCUCGAACUGGAGAAGCGCAGAAUAUCAAUCUCGAUUGUCAGCGGCGACGACCAGGUCGCCGUGGAAGACAUCGCCAUCAAUCUCGGGAUACCACUGUCUCACGUCAGGGCUCGAUGUUCCCCGCAAGAUAAGGUAGGCUAUCUCAAGGACAUCAUGCAAGACAAGCACGCCGUGGUCAUGUUCUGUGGCGAUGGCACCAACGAUGCACCCGCCCUAGCCCAAGCCCACAUUGGCAUCCAUAUCAACGAAGGGAGUGAAGUGGCUCAGAGCGCGGCGGAUGCAGUACUGAUUCGACCUGCGUUGAGGGGGAUUUUGUGUUUUAUGGAUCUCUCUCGAGAGGCGGUCCGACGCAUCAAGUUCAACUUCUGUUGGUCGUUCAUCUAUAACCUCUUUGCGGUCUUGCUCGCGGCAGGUUUAUUUGUGAAGUGGCACCUACCUCCCCAGUAUGCCGCUCUGGGGGAACUGGUCAGCGUUCUCCCGGUCAUUGGAAUUGCACUCCACUUGCGGCUCGUGAAGCUGAAUGGUUACGAAAAUUGA